UGGGAAGCUGCAGGAGCCAAAGCUCUGGAAGGUGACCCUUCCUUUCCAGUACAGCUGUCUUUCCAAGAUGUUGGAAGCACCCCCAUUGCAUUUUUGCUCUGUCCUCCAUCUGCUUGGCCCUGGAUGCAGACACAGUGGUAAAGGAGUCAUGUGGCUGGAAAUUCUCCUCACCUCAGUGCUGGGCUUUGUCAUCUACUGGUUUGUCUCCCGGGACAAGGAGGAAACAUUGCCUCUUGAAGAUGGGUGGUGGGGGCCUGGGCCAAGGCCCCCAACUCAAGAGGAUGAGAGCAUCCGCCCUUUCAAAGUGGAGGCGUCAGAUGAGGAGAUCAACGACUUACACCAGAGGAUCAAGAAGGCCCGGAUAACCCCACCUUUGGAGGACAGCCACUUCCACUAUGGUUUCAACUCCAACUAUCUGAAGAAAAUCAUCUCCUACUGGCAGAAUGAAUUUGACUGGAAGAAGCAGGUGGAGAUUCUCAACAGAUACCCUCACUUCAAGACUAAGAUUGAAGGGCUGGACAUCCACUUCAUCCAUGUGAAGCCCCCUCAGCAGCCCCGUGGCUGCACCCCAAAGCCCCUGCUGAUGGUGCACGGCUGGCCUGGCUCCUUCUACGAGUUUUAUAAGAUCAUUCCAUUCCUGACUGAGCCCAAGAACCACGGACUGAAUGAUAAACACGUUUUUGAAGUCAUCUGCCCUUCCAUUCCUGGCUAUGGCUUCUCAGAGGCCUCCUCCAAGAAGGGCUUGAACUCAGUGGCCACCGCCAGGAUCUUUUAUAAGUUGAUGCUGCGACUGGGCUUCCGGGAAUUCUAUAUUCAAGGCGGGGACUGGGGUUCCUUGAUCUGCACCAACAUAGCCCAGCUGGUGCCCAGCCAUGUGAAAGGCCUGCACUUGAACAUGGCUUUCGUUAUACGAAAUUUCUACAUCCUGACCCUUGCCUUGGGACGGCAUUUCCCAAGGCUUUUUGGCUUCACCAAGAGGGACGUGGAGCUGCUGUACCCCGUCAAGGAGAAGAUUUUCUACAGCACACUGAGGGAGAGCGGCUACAUGCACAUCCAGUGCACCAAGCCAGACACCGUGGGCUGUGCUCUGAAUGACUCUCCUAUGGGACUGGCUGCCUAUAUUCUAGAGAAGUUUUCCACCUGGACCAAUGCAGAGUUCCGAAAUCUGGACGAUGGAGGCUUAGAGAGGAAGUUCUCCCUGGAUGAUCUGCUGACCAACAUCAUGCUCUACUGGACAACAGGUACCAUCACCUCCUCCCAGCGCUUCUACAAGGAGAACAUGGGUCAGAACUUCUUGGCCAUCCAGCAUGAACGGAUGAAGGUCCACGUGCCCACAGGCUUUGCUGCCUUCCCUUGUGAGUUACUACACGUCCCAGAAAAAUGGUUGAAGGUCAAGUACCGGAAACUCAUCUCCUAUUCAUACAUGCCCCGUGGGGGACACUUCGCUGCCCUUGAGGAGCCGGAGCUGCUUGCCCGGGACAUCUGCAAGUUUGUGGGGCUCCUGGAGCGGCAGUGAGCACGGGUCCAGCUCCCUCGCUGAUACCUGCCCUUUUAUCCAAAGUCCCAGUGCCUUUGCCCGCUCCCGUGGCAGCAGGCUGACGGGAAGACCCCCUUCUCCCCACAGCCUGGCUUUGCGAAUAAAGGGCUUUAUUUUUGAAAGCA